AUGCAGGGAAACUCGCAGUUCAAAGUCAUCAUCGUUGGUGCCGGCGUCACAGGCCUUACGCUUGCUCACUGCCUAGCCAAAGCAGGCAUCGACUUCGUCCUCUUGGACAAGGGCGUAGUGGCGCCGAGCUUCGGAACCACUAUCACGCUUCAGCCGCACGGAUGUCGAAUUCUACACCAGUUAGGCUGCCUGGACGCAGUGCUUGCGAAGUGCGAUACCAUGGGCGGCGCGCAUUGCCGUGAUCCCACCGGCAAGAGCUUUGCCUCUAACGACUUCUUUGGUGUUGUACGAAAGUUCGCGGGUUAUGAUACUAGGACACUCGACCGCCAAGUAUUCCUGCGUCAGCUCUACGAACUGCUGCCCGAUAAGUCUCAAGUUUACGAAAAGGCCCGUGUUGAGGAUAUUAUCGAAGAGAACUCGUCAGCCCGUGUCGUUCUAGCUGAUGGUCGUGAGUUCGUUGGUGAUGUAGUAGUUGGUUCUGAUGGCGUCCAUUCCAAAGUCCGUGAAAUCAUGUGGGACAAAGCCAACGCUCUGCGCCCUGGUAUGAUCACAGUUGAUGAGAAGAGAGCUAUGGUCACUCAAUACGAUGCCAUUGUAAUGGCAAGCUCGCCAGUCCCAGGUAUUGGUUCUCACGACAUGGAAAUCACUUCCAAUGACAAGUACUCCUUUCUCCUCCUCUGCCAGCCAGACUGGAUAUCCAUCAUUGUGCACAACAAGCUCCCUGAAGAUCAGCAGUGUACGUGGCCCUCGCGCCGACGUUAUACUGAGGCCGAUAUGGAGGCGCUCGUGAGUAAGAUAUCUGAGCGUCCUGUCACAGAUACUGUCGUCUUUGGGGAGUUGUGGAAGCGACGUCUGAAAGCACAAAUGAUAUCACUUGAAGAAGGAGUUCUGGAGCAUUGGACCUCCGGCCGAAUUGUUCUGGCUGGAGACGCUGUUCACAAGGUCACCCCGAACUCGGCCCUUGGAGGCAACACAGCGAUGGAAGAUGCCGUCGUAAUCGCGAACACGCUCCAUGCUCUAUUGGCGAGGCACCCAAACAAAAAGCCCAGUGACGUAGAGCUACAAGAUGCCAUGCGACAGGAGUAUCAAGACACGCGAGUAGACCGUGCUCGCGCCAUAGUCAAAGCCAGAGGUGUCUUGACGAGACAGCAAGCUUAUGACGGAUGGAAGGCAUACAUCACCCAGAGAUGGUUGACGCCCGUCAUAGGACUCGAUACAUUGGCCCAGAAGAUUGCAGGUCUAUGCGUUACAGCGCCUAAACUGAACUAUGUCGAGUUUGAAGAGAGAAGAGGGAUCCUGGGCUGGCAAGACACGAUGGAGGCGGAGAAGGAGCAUGCAAUGAAGGGCAAGGUGGCGAAGAAGGAGAAGACAGGAAUGUCUUGGAGUAAUUGGAACGGCGGAUUUGAAGCUAUUUUCCCGCAUAUAUCGGGAGUCUUGGUAAUUUUGUGGUUGGCCUUGUGGUUAUUUCAUCUCAUCGCUUCUGAGGACCAUGUGCCUGGCUUUGGGAGGGACACUCUAAGUUUUGUCGAAGCCUUCAACACGAGCUGGAGGAAGCCUUACUGA